GUUGCGCUCAUCAUCAACAUAUUCUCGACGAACAUUUUUUUUUACUUGUUACGUUGAUUUUGUGGCCAUUGCGUUUAAAAUUGCGAGCAACCAGCACAAACGUGACCGUGCGAACAUGUGCUAAAUCGUAAAUGCAGUUUUAGAAAAUGAAAUAAUUGAAUUGCAGACACAUUCCAACCAGAAAAGCAAAGGUGGUGUGCGUGUACGUGUGUUGAAAUUUUUUUUGUCGCGUUGUAAAAUUUCGCGUUUGGAAGCUGACGCAGUUUUUAUAAAAAAAAAGAGCAAGCGAGUGAGCGAGAGAGAGAGAGAGAGAGAGUGCAACAAAAUAGCGGCCGGCAGUUAGUCCGUGUGUGUGUGUGUUGUGUGUGGGAGUGCAAGUGUGGAAGAUCUGCAGAGGAAAAACCGUUCGUUUCGCUAAUUUGUGUUGUUGCCGCCGCCCAGCAACAAAAGAAAACACAAAAGCGCGUAGGCCGGCAAAAAAAAAGGAAAACAAAAAAUAAGAAUCGAGCGCAUAAAGAGCGAAAAAAGCUGCCACACAAGUGAUUCAACGUUUCUCGCCGCCACAAUGAACUCCGAGCAUGGAUUCAAUCCAGCCUUCAAUAUGGCCACCAUACGGCAAGCGUUCACAGAGGCGGUGGAGAGAGUCAGAAUGCCUACGCCCACACGCCUGCGCGACCUCAUCCGACAGAUUCGCGCCGCCAGAACCGCCGCAGAGGAGCGGGCGGUGGUCAACAAAGAGUGCGCCUACAUACGGAGCACGUUCCGCGAAGAGGACUCCGUCUGGCGCUGUCGCAACAUUGCCAAGCUGCUGUACAUACACAUGCUCGGCUAUCCGGCUCACUUUGGCCAACUGGAGUGCCUUAAGCUGACGGCCAGCACGCGGUUCACAGACAAGCGGAUCGGCUACCUGGGCGCCAUGCUGCUGCUGGACGAGCGGCAGGAUGUCCAUCUGCUCAUCACCAACUGCUUGAAGAACGACUUGAACAGCUCGACGCAGUUCGUCGUGGGCCUGGCGCUGUGCACUCUGGGAGCGAUCGCCUCCCCGGAAAUGGCCCGGGAUCUGGCCAGCGAGGUGGAGCGCCUCAUGAAGUCCCCGAACACGUACAUCCGCAAGAAGGCUACGCUGUGCGCCUUCCGCGUCAUCCGCCGUGUGCCCGAGCUGAUGGAGAUCUUCUUGCCGGCCACACGCUCUCUGCUCAGCGAGAAGAAUCACGGCAUUUUGAUCACUGGCGUAACGCUGAUCACGGAGAUGUGCGAGAACAGCUCGGACACGCUGAUGCAUUUCAAGAAGGAUAGCGGAAAUCGAGAGAUUGUGCCGAAUCUGGUGCGCAUCCUGAAGAACCUCAUCCUGGGCGGCUAUUCGCCGGAGCACGAUGUCAGCGGUGUUAGCGAUCCCUUCCUGCAGGUGAAGAUCCUGCGACUGCUGCGCAUCCUGGGCCACAACGAUCCCGAUGCCUCCGAGGCGAUGAACGACAUCCUGGCCCAGGUGGCCACCAACACGGAGACGAGCAAGAAUGUGGGCAAUACGAUCCUCUACGAGACGGUGCUCUCCAUCAUGGACAUACGCUCGGAGGGUGGACUACGCGUUUUGGCCGUCAACAUCCUGGGCCGAUUCCUGCUCAACUCGGACAAGAACAUACGCUAUGUGGCGCUGAACACACUGCUGCGAACGGUGCACGCGGAUACGUCGGCGGUGCAGCGGCAUCGCACCACCAUUCUGGAGUGCCUCAAGGAUCCGGACGUCUCGAUUCGCCGCCGUGCAAUGGAGCUGUCGUUUGCGCUGAUCAAUGCACAAAAUAUACGUACAAUGACCAAGGAGCUGCUGCUGUUCCUCGAGAAGGCGGAUGCCGAAUUCAAGGCGCAGUGCAGCUCGGGCAUGAUCCUAGCGGCCGAACGCUACUCGCCGACCACGCGCUGGCAUCUGGACACCCAGCUGAGCGUGCUGAUUGCGGCCGGGAACUAUGUGCGCGACGAUGUCGUCUCCUCCACCAUCCAGCUGGUGUCCAGCAGUCCCGUCCCGGAGCAGACGUACAUCACGAACCGUUUCUGGGAGUCGCUGCAGGUGGCCAAUCACUGCGAGGACAAGCAGCCGCUGCUGCAGGUUGCCGUCUGGGCCAUAGGCGAGUACGGCGAUCUCUUCAUGUACGGCGCCAACGAGGAUGAGUUUGAACGGCCCACUGAGAGCGAUCUGAUCGCUGUGUAUCAUAAGUUUCUAACCUCUGCUCAAGUCUCGACCACAAGCAAGCAAUACGCUCUGGUCUCCCUAGCCAAGCUAAGCACGCGUCUGCAACAGUGCGUGGAGGAAAUCCAGGCUCUGAUCACGUCCUUUGGCAGCCACCUGAAUGUGGAUCUGCAGCAGCGCGGUGUGGAGUUCACGCAGCUCUUUGGCCAUUACAAGCACCUGCGUCCGCCGCUGCUGGAGAAGAUGCCGGCGAUGCAGAUCAGCAGGAUAAGCUCGCAGAACGGCGAGAGCGGCGGUGGCUCCUUCGACGACAACAGUCCGGAUGUCAUUGAGAAUGGCGUUGAGGGAGGCGGCGGUGGUGGUGGCGGUGUCGGUGGCGGACACUCACUUAUCGAAAGCAAUAUGAACACUUUGGGCGACAAUACAAACAUUCUGCUCGAUCUGCUGGGCAGCACGGAUCUGUCGGCGGGCGGCGCUGGCGAUUUGGUGGCGGCCACCGAUCUCUCGAAUGCCGUUCAUAAAAAGAACUCGCGCAAUGCCAACGAUGUGGCGGCGCCAGUUUCCAAUAACCAGGAUCUGUUGGAUUUGCUCGACUUGGAUUUGUCGACGCCCACGUCCACGACAACGGGAGCGCCGGCGGGCGGAGGAGGAGUGGGUGGUGGUGGCAUUGGCAUUGGCAUCCUGGCUUUGGCCGGCGAUAAUAAUCAGAGCAGUGCGGCGAACAUGAACAACAUGCUGGGUGGCCUGGAUCUGGGCGGCUUUGGCUCUGGUCUGGAUGGCUCGGCCAGCAUACCCACGAACGGCAACGAUCUGGCCAGCAUGCUGGGCGGAUUGGGUGGAGUGCCGGCUGCAUCAGCUGCGCUGACGACUCCAGCUGCCGCUGGUAACCUCAUCGAUGGCGGCCAUGCCGGCAGUCUGCUGGGCGAUCUGAAUCCCACGGCUGCCUCCAACAACAUAGUAGUGCCUCCACAGGGUCCCAGGCUGACGGCGCUGGACAGGGAUGGUUUGCUGGUGCAACUGGUUUCGGUCAGGGGCAACGACUGCAUGCGCAUCUAUAUGACGACCACGAAUAGCUCAGCCAAUACCCUGGAGCAGUACUUGCUGAAGGCGGCGGUGCAGAGGAGUUUCCAGCUGCAGAUGCUGACGCCAUCCGGUUCGGUGCUGCCGCCGGGUGGAGUGAUCACGCAGGAGAUGCGCGUGGUGGCCACGUCAAAUGCGACGCUGCGGAUGCGACUGCGAAUCCAGUAUGUGCUGGAUGGCCAACAGCAAGUGGAGCAGACGGAGGUCAGCGGAUUCCCCGAGCAGCAGCCCUCGGCAGCAGAAGAGUAGAACUGCAACUGUAUUAAAGCGAAACCAGAUUAGCCUAUUAUCGGAAAUAAUACAACACGGGCAACUUGCGCAGCAGCAUCAGCAAAAACAGCAACAGCAGCAACACUAAAACACCCUGUGGUUGUCACACAUUUAUUGUAAAAUAAGUUAUCACACACACAGUAAAACACACACACAGCCACCCACGCAAUUGCAUCUAGAUCAGAGCAUAUUCCAGAUCGUCUGAGCCUAACAGACUGUUUUUUAAUCGGAAUAGUCGGCAGCAAAGAAAAUAAUGGGAAUCCGUUUUCCCCCAAGCAGUUAACUUAUAUAUUUUUUUCUAAUUUAUAUCUAAACAUAUAAUUAUAUAUAUAUAUAAACACACACACAACUUGUCAAAUCAAAAUCUUUAUUAUUAAUUAAUUUUCUCAUUUUAAAUGGUGUGUAAACUUUUGUGUGUAAAAGACAACUUUCAGUUUUAAUUUAAGACAAUAAAAGUCAAUCCCCAUAUACCCAUACAAAAUGGCAACUAACAAAAGCAAAAAAAGAAACAACAGAAAUGUAUUAAAACCGAUUGUGAAAUUAUGUAGCAAAAGCAUUUAAAAAGCUUAGCAUUUUAAAAGGAAAUGGAAAUGGAGCGAAUAGAAUGAUGUUUGAUGCCAUUUCAAUCAGUUUAUUUGUUAUUUCUAUAUGUAAUGAAUGUUUGUUUUCCCCCUGAAUCCUAAGUCCUGAGUCCUAUUGAUCGGUUCCGGCUUUGGUUGGAUCCCUCUGAUAUUCCCCAUUUAUUUACCCCGCUAAACGCAUUCAUAUUAUACACAUAUAUAUAUACGAAACACACCGAAACAAAACACAACACAACACAGGACCACGCGGAUAUAUAUUAUAUGAUGUAUUGUUAUUUCCUGUGCGCACGUACUUAAAGCGGAGAAUCAGCAGCAACCAGAGAAAGUCUAAAAAUAAAAAACACAAACCAGAUAGCACUGUGGAAAACUAGAUAAUAUCUAUGAUAAAUAUAAUUGUAACGGAGGAGGACGCAGCUUAGAACUAUAUACAUAAACUGAUUAGUUGCCGUCGCCGAGGACGAUAUGAUGAUGAGGAUGAUGAAGGGCAUCGAGAAGCAAAGAAAAUCCAUUAACUAUUAUUAUUAUUAUUAUGAUUAUAAAUGAAUUACGCAGCUGUAUGAGAAAGAAAGAGAGAGAGAGAGAGAGAAAUAAGAAAAAAGAAAAUAAUAACAUUAACAUAUUGUACAAUAUAUUAUUAUUUUUGUAUUAUUAUCAUUUCCUUUUAUAUCUACUUAUAUUCCACAAACCUUUUGAGCCGAAAUAAACAAACGAUUUCGUUUUAUCGAAGGACAAGAUGA